GCUAGAUUUGUCACUCUUGUAUAACAUCAGCUUCUUCUCACUGCCCUCCUUUGCCUUCCCCGGAAUUGCCUGCCGUUUAUUGCGAGAGGGCAGAAGUGGCGUCAAACAUGCGUCAAAAUCCACGCCAUCCAAGCAGGGAACCACCGAGAGAGGACUUAACGCCGCUCAUCUGAGGCCAACUUUUGUUAUUUUUGUUGUUGUUGCUCGAAUAAGGAAACACGACUUGGCUAAGCUAGCUAGCGUUAGCCGCGGGGGAAUCACACCUUCGCGCCGCAGGAGGCGACACUAGUAUCACUCAAGAUUGGAUCCGAACGACGGGAACACCGUGACGCCCUAUUUCCUGCCAGGUCCACUAAUGGUGUUAGCUGCCCGUGUGCGCGCAGCAAGAGGCUUUAGAGACGGUGUAAUCCUCCACCGUGCGCUUCCUCCUCCUGCAGUCCUCGUCUUGUUUUCAGGAACUCUGGCUCCAACCGUGCGUUAAGUCAUUAAAAGCACUCCAUCACUUAUUACACCGUGAAGCAGUUAAGUCCUGCUGAACUGCUGACACACACAAAAACCCCAGCUGUAGGCAGCAAUGGGUGCGUUCCUGGACAAGCCGAAGACGGAGAAGCACAGCGCCCACGGCGAAGGCAACGGCCUGAGCUAUGGCCUGAGCUCCAUGCAGGGAUGGCGGGUGGAGAUGGAGGACGCCCACACGGCCGUGGUAGGCCUCCCCCACGGACUCACCGACUGGUCCUUCUUUGCCGUCUAUGACGGCCACGCGGGCUCGCGGGUGGCCAACUACUGCUCUGGCCACCUGCUGGAACACAUUCUGUCGGGGGGAGCAGAGUUCGGAUCCGGGCCGGGCUCCGUGGAAGGCGUGAAGGACGGCAUUCGUGCCGGUUUUCUGAAAAUUGAUGAGUACAUGCGGAGCUUCGCCGACCUGAGGCAGGGCUUGGACCGCAGCGGUUCGACAGCAGUUUGCGUGCUGCUCAGCCCCACCCACCUCUACUUCAUAAACUGUGGAGACUCACGGGCCGUGCUGAGCCGAGACAGCAAAGUGGGCUUCUCCACCCAGGACCACAAGCCCUGCAACCCGCGCGAAAAGGAGCGAAUCCAGAAGGCCGGAGGCUCGGUCAUGAUCCAGAGGGUGAAUGGCUCCCUGGCCGUAUCCCGGGCCCUGGGGGACUAUGACUACAAAAGCGUGGAUGGUAAAGGCCCCACGGAGCAGCUGGUUAGCCCCGAGCCUGAGGUGUGCGUUCUAGAGCGGGCCGGCGAAGGCGACGAGUUUAUUGUGCUGGCGUGCGACGGGAUCUGGGACGUCAUGUCUAAUGAGGAGCUGUGCGACUUUGUGCGCUCGCGACUUCUGGUGUGCGACGACUUGGAGAAAGUUUGUAACUCUGUGGUGGACACCUGUUUGCACAAGGGGAGCAGAGACAACAUGAGCGUCGUCUUGGUAUGUCUACCCGGAGCGCCCAAGAUCUCAGAGGAGGCUGUGAAGAAAGAGGAGGAAUUAGACAAAUACCUGGAGGCCCGCGUAGAGGAGAUGCUUACAAACUGCGGCGAGGCCGGGACCCCCGACCUGGUGACUGUGCUGCGGAGCAUCGCCACAGAGAACAUCCCCAAUCUUCCACCGGGUGGCGGCCUGGUUAGCAAACGCAGCGUGAUCGAGGCGGUGUACAACAAGCUGAACCCUCAUAAAGAAGAGGAAGGGGCCUGUGCGGGGGGAGAGGAGGAGAAUGAGGAGGCAGGUAGCACGGUGGCUCAUCUGAUGGAGGCGCUGCGCCAAUUCCGCCUGCACCACCGGGGGCAGUACCGAGCGGUGCUGGAGGAGUCCCUGGCCACCUACCAACUGCAUCCCAAGGAAGGCGACGACGACGACAAUGAUUAUGACCAGGAGCGGUCCACCUCCCCUGCCUCUCCCCGCUCGCCCCCGCCCUCACCCGCCGCCGCAGAGCCCGACGCCUGCCAGGACGCACUCGCUCCCGAGUCCGAUCCCUCUUUUUAACAGCGCAGCCCUUCCUUACCUCCGAAUGUCUUGAUUGACUGAGCCCCUCUUCUUCUCCAUCACAGACCUCUUAGACACACUUUCUUCACUCCAUCAUAAAUAUUUCAACAACGCAGGCCUGUCUGCUUGAGUUAAAACACUCCGCCCGGCGAGGACUUCCUGCUCUGCCCCUCCUCCCACUAUUUUUUUUUUCGUCCGCCAUGUUUUUUUCAACAGGAACCCACCAGCUAAAGCUGCUAAUGCUAAAUAGAAGCUUUGCUUAACAGUAUUGUUUUUUCUGUCUGGCUGCUAUUGCACUCCCCCUCCCUUUACCUUGACCUCCAGUGCCCCCCCUUACCCCCCCGCCAAACAGUCAGGGCAAUUAAGGGUGCUCAGAACAAGAUUUUCUUCAGCUUUCUGAUUCCGAACAUACUCUUUGUGUGUGUGUGUCUGUGUGUGUGUUUUGUGUACAAGGUUGUGUGCGUGCAACUGAGCAGGUGACCAAUCAUUGCUGCUGGGAUUAUUCUAUUGUAUAACGAUUAUCAAGAGUUCCAGUUUGUUUGGAAAUGCCAAUUGUGUGUGUGUGCGUGCGUGCGUGCGUGCGUGCGUGUAAGAGUUGGUGGGUGUUUUCCGCAGCACAUUCAGGUGGGAAAAAAUCAAAGAUUCAGUGGCAGUUUGAAUAAGGGCCCUUCAAAAAGCUAGUGUUUAUUAUUAUUAUUAUUACUAUUAUUAUUAGUAUAUGACUGAUUCUGGUCAUCCAAAGCACUUAGGUAAUGCUUAAUACUGUAUGUGUGUAUGUGUGUGUGUUUAGUGGUUACAUGGGGCCAAAUCAGUCUUGCAAGACAAAAGUAAAAAGUCGUAGAAUAAAAGCAACUUGAGGUACAAGUGCUGUGAAUUGUUGGUGUAUGUGUGUCUCACUGUAAUCUGCCUUUAAUCAUCCCCAAUCAUCACCUCCAUCAUCAUCCUCAUUGACGUGCAGGGUCAGUAAAUAACAAAUAACACAACCAAAUAUGAAGAAUCGCUAUGCUAUUAACUGUUUAAGACCCGACAGGUGCCGUCACGACGCUCCCCGCCAGGUGAGUCGUAGUCGUCGUCAUCUGAGCUUCGGGUUUCUGCUUCUGCAAGUAGUAGCCGAGCAAAGAUAAGUAACCCCCGACUCUCUUCGUCUCUCUUUUAUUC